UAUGGCCGAGAGAAGAGCUUCUAACAACCCGUGAAUGCAUGCUACACACAGUAACUUAAAGGGUUGCAUUAGGUUAUGCCAGUUUUCUCUGUCCAGUGGAUUGAUUCAUGAGAGGCGGAGGAGCGCUCGGCGCCUUGGCGGCGUGUGCGAGGACGUAGAAAUUCCGAUUCCCCGGAGGAUUGUCUCGAGGCCGAAAUCUCGACACUCCGCAAUGCUGGCCAGCAGUGGCAUGGCGGCGACAUCGGCGCCAUGGGGCGGCUCUGCGCUGGAUUGCUCCAAGAACAAGGUCGCUCCAUCGAAAUCCGCCACAGUCCGGUGUUCUUUCAACCCGGCCGGGGCAGCAAUCUCGUCGUCGUCGAGCGGCAAAUCUUUGCUCCACAGCACGUUCGUAGCAGAAAGGCUCGCUCCCAUCGAGAAAUCUGUAGUCCGGAGGAGGAUUCGUCCGGUCGUGCGUGCCGAGGCGGCAUCGGUGGGCGUUUCUUCGCCUCUCGGCGACGGAAUUCCAGCCAAGAAGAAGUUCUUUGGGGUCGACACUGUGACGCUCAAGAAGGUGAUACCUCUGGGUCUCAUGUUCUUCUGUAUUCUCUUCAACUACACGAUCCUGCGAGACACCAAGGACGUUUUGGUGGUGACGGCCAAAGGAAGCAGUGCUGAGAUUAUUCCUUUCCUCAAGACUUGGGUGAAUCUCCCCAUGGCUAUCGGCUUCAUGGUCAUCUACACCAAGCUUUCCAACGUACUGUCCAGGGAGGCUCUCUUCUACGCUUGCAUUCUCCCCUUCAUUGGGUUUUUCGGGAGUUUUGCGUUCUUGCUAUAUCCUUUGCGUGACAUCCUCCACCCGACUGCUCUAGCGGACCAUCUUCUCUCGGUUCUCGGCCCCCGGUUCCUGGGCCCGAUUGCCAUCUUUCGCAACUGGACGUUUGUGCUGUUCUACGUCAUGGCCGAGUUAUGGGGGAGUGUCGUCGUAUCGGUUCUCUUCUGGGGAUUUGCGAACCAGAUCACCACUGUGGAUGAAGCAAAGCAGUUCUAUCCCUUGUUUGGCUUGGGAGCCAACGUAGCGCUUGUUUUCUCGGGACGAACUGUUAAGUACUUCUCCGAAUUAAGAGGACGGCUGGGACCUGGCGUUGAUGGCUGGGGAAUGUCUCUGAAAGGAAUGAUGAGCAUUGUUGUAAUGCUUGGUUUUGCCAUCUGUGGCAUAUAUUGGUGGGUUAAUGCUUUUGUUGUCAACGAUCCCAACCUUCCCAAGAUUGAGAAGAAGAAAAAGAAGAGCAAGCCUAAGAUGAGCAUGGGCGAAAGUGCGAAGUUCUUGUUGAACUCGAGAUACAUCCGGGACCUUGCAACCCUGGUGGUUGCUUAUGGAAUCAGUAUUAACCUCGUCGAAGUUACAUGGAAGUCGAAGCUCAAAGCUCAGUUUCCAAGUCCCAACGACUACUCGUCGUUCAUGGGAGACUUUUCGACGUGGACCGGAGUUGUCACAUUCAGUAUGAUGUUGCUGAGCAGGGUAAUUUUCCGUAAAUAUGGAUGGGGAGUUGCAGCUGCCAUUACACCAAGUGUUCUUCUUGUAACUGGAGUGGCAUUCUUCUCGCUGGUUCUCUUCAGCGAUCCACUAACUCCAUUCCUCGGAGGUAUUGGGUUGACUCCACUGAUGGCAGCUGUUUACGUUGGAGCUUUGCAAAACAUAUUCAGUAAAAGUGCCAAGUACAGCUUGUUCGACCCGUGCAAGGAAAUGGCUUACAUUCCCUUGGACGAAGAUACAAAGGUGAAAGGAAAGGCCGCUAUUGACGUUGUAUGCAAUCCGUUAGGAAAAUCAGGAGGUGCUCUCAUUCAGCAGGUUCUGAUCUUGUCGUUCGGGUCCCUUGCCAGUUCAACUCCGUACCUUGGCGCCAUCCUCUUGGUUAUUGUGUUAGCCUGGCUGGGUGCUGCUCGAUCACUCGACAAGCAAUUCACUCCAAUGGUCCAAGAGGAUUUGAAGGGCAAGCUACUGGAAGGAAAACUCUCGGCUAUGACUGCGGCUUUAUCUGAAACUUCCAAGGUUGGCACUCGCGAGGUGACGUACCGGUUUGUGAGUGGGCUCAACGACAAAGGUUUUAUUGAAGGACGCUAUGUUCCCGUGACCCCUGCGACGCCACCGACUAGCGAGACCAAGCCAGCACCUCCAGCUAAAGAUGAACCAGUGGAAGCUACGAUCGAAAACGGUUCGCCUUCGCCGGAAUCGGGAGGGAGUGAUGUAGAUACAACUACUCGCGAGCCCGCGUCCAUAAAUUGAGAGAGGCGAGCAGAGACGGAUGUGUAUCAUCAUGCGGUUUAGGCAACGUAGAAGAAAGUUGAGGUGCAGUCGAUGAUGAUGACGAGAUGAUGAUGAUGAUCACAAUAAGCCGAGAGAAAGACGGUUCUAUCUAUUGUUUUAUUUGUUCUUUCCAAUUAAUUCGUAUCGUUUUUUUGUUCAAGCAGACAAAAAAAAGAUUCCUACUGUCA